AUGGGUGAGACGUGGGAUAUUCAACAUGGAGAACCAGGUACACGAUCCGAAAAAUUACGUCUGAUGUUGAAGGGAUUGCGAGUUCAUGAUGUGUCGCCAUCUAUUAAGGGGCAUCUUCUUUAUAAAUCUCAGUUACAAGCUCGGGAGGAUUACUAUAAUAAUCCAGAUCAUUUGUUUCCUCCUGCCGCGAAAACGCUUGCGGAAUUCGAAAAAAAUGAUGAUGACUGGUGGCGUUUGGAAGUUGCUGCUAUGACAAUGAAUGAUCUUUUUGAAAAAUUAGAGGAUGCUGAUGAUGUAAUUGCUGAAGAAGCAUGCGAAACGAUUCUGCGAAUCGGUGGCGCGGAUGGAACGGGCUCUGAAUAUUGGCCCGAGGGAGCACAAAAUCCCUUUGCCAAUCAACCGCGCACUCAAGAACCCAUCGAGGAGGAUGAGGAAGAGGAUAGGCGAAAACAGGAGGAGAAGGAUAGAAUUGGGAAGGCAUUGCGUGAGCAGACUGAGAAGAUUAUGGAGGAGAUGAGACAAAAGGAAGAGGAGAUGGAGAGGUUGAGGCAGAAGAAUUUGCCGCCUCCUUUGCCGCCUCGAUCAAAUUUACGUCCUCCGCCUUUGCCGCCGAGACCGGGUGGUGCCCAGAAACCGGUUGGUGCCCAGAGACCGGGUGAUGUUAAGAAACCGGGUGAUCUCAAGAGACCGGUUGAUGUCCAGAAAUAUAAGACUUAUAAUCCGUAG